CAUUUCUCUCGCACAAUGAUCUUUGCCCUCGAGGAGAUAAACAACAGCACAGAACUCCUGCCGGGCAUCAGACUUGGAUACCAGAUCUAUGACUCGUGUGCUUCAGUGCCUGUGGCUGUGCACAUAGCAUUUCAUCUGUCAAAUGGCCACGAUCAUAUUUUUUACAAAGACAGUAAUUGUUCCCAAUCUGGUGUUGUGAUGGCAGCUGUGGGUGAGACUGGAUCAACGCCAUCCAUCAGCAUGUCACGCAUCUUUGGGCCCUUUCAUUUUCCUCAAGUGAGCCAUUCUGCCUCUUGUGCCUGCCUUUCUAAUAAGCAGCAGUAUCCAACAUUUUUCAGAACAAUUCCCAGUGAUCAGUUCCAAGCUGAUGCUCUGGCCAAACUGGUGAAACACUUUGGCUGGACUUGGAUAGGUGCUGUCCGCUCCGACUCAGAUUAUGGAAAUAACGGAAUGGCAUCUUUUCUUGCUGCAGCAAAGAAAGAUGGAAUCUGUGUGGAGUACUCUGAAUCCUUUGAUAAGACCAACUCCCAUAGGAAGAUCCAGAAAGUGGCAGAUGUAAUCCGCAGUUCAACAGCAAUGGUUGUUGUGGCAUUUAUAGAUAGUUCAGAUAUGAGGGUCUUGUUGGAGGAACUGGCUCGAAACCCUCCUCCACCUCGUCAGUGGAUCGGAAGUGAAGGCUGGAUAACUGACUCGUUCUUUACGAGUUACAGCUUCUGUGAAGGGUCCAUUGGAGUUGCCAUUCAGCAAUCAUUUAUUCCAGGUCUAAGAGAUUUCCUGCUGGAUCUCUCUCCCACUGAAGUAGCUGCCUCCUCAGUGCUCACUGAGUUCUGGGAGGAUGCAUUUAACUGCACAUUGACAAAAACCAUUUCAAACAGGAGAAUGUGCGAUGGAACUGAAGACAUAAAAACUCUCAAAAACUCGUACACCAAUAUAUUCCAGUUAAGAAUGACAAACAUGGUGUACAAGGCUGUUUAUGCAAUAGCUCAUGCCAUUCACAACGCAUUGUGUCAGAGAACAAAUCUCACCAUUCAGUGUGAUAAAAAUAUCAGACUGGAGUCCAAACAGGUUUUAUCACAACUGAAAAAAGUAAACUUUUCCCAAAAUGGUUAUCCUGUGUCAUUUGAUGCUAAUGGGGAUCCAGUGGCUUUUUAUGAACUCGUCAACUGGCAGAAGAGCGAGAGAGGAGUUAUUGAAGUGGUAGCAGUUGGAUACUAUGAUGCAUCACUGCCAAAAGGACAGGAGUUUCAAAUCAACAAAAACAUAACCUGGGUGCAGGGAGAAACACAAGUUCCAGUGUCAGUGUGCUCUGAGAGUUGUCCUCCAGGAACACAUAAAGUGUUGCAGAAAGGAAAACCCAUCUGCUGCUAUGAUUGUAUACCAUGUCCUGAAGGAGAGAUCAGUAAUAUGACAGAUUCACCUGAUUGCUUGCCAUGUCCCAGUGAAUACUGGCCUAAAGCAGAAAACGAUUAUUGUUUCCCCAAACCUGUGGAAUUCCUGUCUUUUGAUGAAGUCCUGUCAAUCAUUCUGGCUGCUUUCUCUAUAAUGGGGACCUGUCUGGCCGUCAUAACAGCAGUUAUUUUCUUUCAUACCAGAACAACUCCAAUUGUCAGAGCCAACAACUCUGAGCUGAGCUUCCUGCUGCUCUUCUCUCUGACUCUAUGUUUUUUAUGUUCAUUAACUUUCAUUGGAGCUCCCUCUAAAAGGUCCUGCAUGCUGCGACACACAGCUUUUGGUAUCAUUUUUGUUCUCUGCAUUUCCUGUGUUCUUGGGAAAACUGUGGUGGUUUUAAUGGCCUUCAAAGCUACACUUCCUGGUAGUAAUGUCAUGAAAUGGUUUGGGCCUCCACAACAAAGACUGACUGUUGUGUCUCUCACAUUAAUCCAAGUUUUGAUAUGUACAGUUUGGUUGAUUCUUAGUCCUCCUUUUCCAAUGAAAAAUCUGACUACAUACAAGGAGAAGAUCAUCCUGGAAUGUGCAUUAGUGGUACGUUCUCGGAAAACCUCCAAAAGGAGGUAUCCUAAUCAGAGUCCUGAACUACCUCAACAACCUUCCUUUAAAGCAAAGGAGCAGUGGCUCUACUCUGAGCUCCAGCUGUAA